AUGGGAAAAGGAGCAGGAGCAGGAAAAGGAGGAGGAAUAGGAGCAGGAGCAGAAGCAGGAAAAGGAACAGGAAAAGGAAAUGGAGCAGGACAAAGAGCAGGAACAGGAAAAGGAGCAGGAAAAGGAGCAGGCACAGGAAAAGGGGCAGGAACAGGAGGAACAGGAAAAGGGGCAGGACAAGGAACAGGAAAAAGAGCAGCAGCAGGAAAAGGAGCAGGAACAGGAAAAGGAACAGGAGGAGCAGCAAAAGGAGCAAGAGCAGGACAAGGACUAGGAGCAGGAACAGGCACAGGAAAAGGAGCAGGAGCAGGAAAAGGAGCAGGAACAAGAAUAGGACAAGGAAUAGGAGCAGGAAGAGGAACAGGAGGAGGAGCAGGAAAAGGAGCGGGAACAGGAAAAGAAGCAGGAAAGGGAAAAGGAGCAGGAGCAGGAAAAGGAUCAGGAGCGGGAACUGGACAAGGAGCAGGAAAAGGAGCAGGAACAGGAGAAGGAACAGGAGCAGGACAAGGAGCAGGUGCAGGAACAGGAAAAGGAGCAGGAACAGGAAAAGUAAAAGGAGCAGGAAAAGGAGCAGGAACAGGACAAGAAGCAGGAGCAGGAAAAGGAGUAGGACAAGGAGCAGGAACAGGAAAAGGAGCAGGAACAGGCGCAGGAGCAGCAAAAGGAGCAGGAACAGGAGGAGGAGCAGGACAAGGAAAAGGAUCAGGAACAAGAAUAGGACAAGGAAUAGGAGCAGGAAGAGGAACAGGAGGAGGAGCAGGAAAAGGAGCGGGAACAGGAAAAGGAGCAGGAAAGGGAAAAGGAGCAGGAGCAGGAAAAGGAUCAGGAGUGGGAACUGGACAAGGAGCAGGAAAAGGAGCAGGAACAGGAGUAGGACAAGGAGAAGGAACAGGAGCAGGACAAGGAGCAGGUGCAGGAACAGGAAAAGGAGCAGGAACAGGCACAGGAGCAGGAACAGGAAAAGUAAAAGGAGCAGGAAAAGGAGCAGGAACAGGACAAGAAGCAGGAACAGGAAAAGGAGUAGGACAAGGAGCAGGAACAGGCGCAGGAGCAGGAACAGGAGGAGGAGCAGGACAAGGAAAGGGAACAGGAGCAGGUGCAGGAGGAGGACAAGGAGAAGGAACAGGAGCAGGACAAGGAGCAGGUGCAGAAACAGGAAAAGAAGCAGGAACAGGCACAGGAGCAGGGACAGGAAAAGUAAAAAGAGCAGGACCAGGAAAAGAAGCAGGAACAGGAGAAGGUGCAGGAAAAGGAACAGGAGCAAGAACAGGAGCAGAAGCAGGAAAAGGAAAAAGAGAAGGAACAGGAAGAGGAGCAGAGCAGGACAAGGAACAGGAAAAGGAGCAGAAAAAGGUGCAGGAGCAGGAACAGGAAAAGGAACAGGAAAAGGGGCAGAAAAAGGUGCAGGAGAAGGAACAGGAAAAGGAACAGGAGCAGGACAAAGUGCAGGAGCAGGCACUGGAGCAGGAAAAGGAGCAGGAAAAGGAGCAAGAGCAGGACAAGGACUAG